AGGCGGGUGCUUCCUGGGUGCUGUGCGGGGUGCUGUGCCUCGCUUGGGGGUGGCCUCGUCCCGAAAGCCAGCACAAGGCAGGGAGCAUAGGAUGGGGGCGGCAGACCCCUCGCCAAGGGGUGGAUGGAGGUGGGAAGGCAGGCAGCAUGCCAAGCCCCGCUGCGUGAUGCCAAGGGGCACCCAGAGGGGCCCGGGGCUGUGCCUUCCCCAGGACUAUCGCUCGCUGGAAGCAGAGAUGUUCCCGCAGGCUCGGGAUCAGGGAUGGGGUUUGCUGCCCAGCCUGCAGCCCAGACCCUGAUCCCAGUGUCCCAUCCAGCCCGGCCCCCGCCCCAGGAGCAGCCCCCUCCGGUCAGACACACCCAGGGCACUCCCUCGCACUGGCCGGAUGUCCAGCUGCAAGAGGAACGGGGAUAGAAACCCACAUCGGGAUGGAAACCCACAUCGGUCCACGGGGGACGGGUUGCCAUGGAAAUGCCAGUGCUCUGCAGCACAGCUCCAGCUGCAGCCCGCUCGCCCUCGCCGCGGUGCGAGCAGCGGGGCCAGCCCUGCCCGGGGGCUGGUGGCCCACCCCGGUGACACCAGCACCGCCGCCAGCUGCCCACCCCGCAGUCCCCUCCGCUUGAAGGGGAAAUGGUUUCUGCCCUGCAAUAAGGGGCUGGCCCUGCCCUUCUGCGCCCCCAUCCUCACACAGCCCCAGCUGCCCGCUGUCCCUGCCUGCCCCCCCCAGCCAGGACCCCCCGUGCAAGCUGGUGACAGGGGACACACUGCUAUUAAGCUACUGCCUUUGCAGAACUCCCAAGCCUGCCAUCUGCUCCGGGUGUCCUUGACCAUCAGCAGUGUUUCUUUGGAGACCUGGCAAAGCCCAGGGGACACCGUGUCCCCUAGGGUAUUUGUGGUUAACAUCUGUGUGGCGAUGAGGGACAUCCUCAGCUCCGGGGGACAUGUUUAGGGCUGCUGGCAAAGAGAAGCAAAAGGGAACUGAACCGCAAAGCCAUCCUGGCACGGGGAAGGCGUGAGGAACGAUGAACUGGGCCGGCCUCUACGCGGUGCUGAGCGGGGUGAACCGCCACUCCACUGCCAUCGGGCGCAUCUGGCUCUCCGUCAUCUUCAUCUUCAGGAUAAUGGUGCUGGUGGUGGCGGCCGAGAGCGUCUGGGGGGACGAGAAGUCUGCCUUCACCUGCAACACGCAGCAGCCAGGCUGCAACAGCGUCUGCUACGACCACUUCUUCCCCAUCUCCCACAUCCGCCUGUGGGCCCUGCAGCUCAUCCUCGUCACCACGCCAGCCCUGCUGGUGGCCAUGCACGUGGCCUACCAGCAGCACCAGGAGAAGAAGCUGCUGAUGAUGACAGGGCACGGGGACGCCAAGCACCUGGAGGAGGUGAAGAAGCACAAGAUACGCAUCGCGGGCUCGUUGUGGUGGACGUAUGUCUUCAGUGUGGUCUUCAGGCUGCUCUUCGAGGCGGUGUUCAUGUACAUCUUCUACAUGAUCUACCCGGGCUACCAGAUGGUGCGGCUGGUCAAGUGCGAGGCCUACCCCUGCCCCAACACCGUCGACUGCUUCGUCUCCCGGCCCACCGAGAAGACCAUCUUCACCGUCUUCAUGCUGGUCACCUCCAGCAUCUGCAUCGUGCUCAACAUGGCCGAGCUGGUCUACCUGGUGGUGCGGGCCUGCGCCCGGCGGGGCCGGCAAAACUCCAACCCCUCGUCGGGGAAGGGCUCUUUCUACGGGCACAAGCUCUCCGAGUAUAAGCAGAACGAGAUCAACCAGCUGCUGACGGAGCAGGACGGCUCCCUCAAGGACAUGCUGCGCCGCAACCCCGGGCUGCAGGAGAAGGGCGACCGCUGCUCCGCCUGCUAAGGCCCACGCCGCAGGGGCUGCAGCCCUUGCCCCUGCCCCACAGCCUCCCCACAGCCCCGGGGGGGGGCCUCACGCCGCCCACAUCCUGAGUACAGCACCCCCCCGGUGCCAGCCCUCCUGGACAGUGAGGAGGGCACAGCUGCUGCUGCGCGCUCGGGCCAUUAAAUCUCCGUUCUCAG